ACUGCUCGUACAACAGACCAAAAUGGCGCCUCCUUGUUGCGAAGACAGCAAACAAAUCCAAACCCUCAACGCUCUCACCUGCUCGUACAACGACCAAAUACGUCCCCUCCUCGACGCCGUCGACCGCCUUCGCCAACUCAAGGUGAUGCAGGAAGGAAUCGAGCUCCCCACGAUCGUCGUCGUCGGCGACCAAUCCUCCGGCAAGUCCUCUGUUUUAGAAUCUCUUGCUGGCAUCAGUCUCCCCCGCGGGCAAGGCAUAUGUACCCGAGUCCCCCUCAUCAUGCGGCUCCAAGACGACCCCUCCCUUUCCUCCCCUAUACUCCACCUCGAGUACAAAGGCAAGCAGGUCCCUACCUCCGAGUCUUCCAUCACUGCUGCCAUCGAGUCCGCGACGGCUGAGAUCGCCGGCUCCGGCAAAGGCAUCUCCGACACGCCACUCACCCUUGUUGUCCGAAAGAAGGGCGUGCCCGAUCUCACCAUGGUGGACCUGCCCGGCAUCACCCGAGUACCCGUGCACGGCCAGCCUGAGAACAUCUACGAGCAGAUCGCUGCCAUUAUAAUGCAGUAUAUAAAGCCGGCGGAGAGCAUUAUUCUUAAUGUACUAUCCGCAAGUGUCGACUUCCCGACCUGCGAGUCCAUCCGGAUGUCGCAGCAGGUGGACGGCAAAGGCGAGAGGACAUUGGCGGUUGUCACCAAGGCUGAUAAGUCGCCGGAGGGCCUUCUUGAGAAAGUAACUGCUGACGACGUCAACAUUGGGCUAGGCUACGUUUGCGUGAGGAAUCGUAUUGGGUCGGAGACAUAUGAGGAGGCUCGCGCAGCAGAAGCGAAUCUGUUCAAAUCCCAUCAUUUGCUUUCCAAGAUCGAUAAAUCGAUAGUUGGCAUCCCUGUUUUGGCAAACAAGUUGAUGCGAAUACAGUCGCAAAGCAUAGCAAAAUGCUUGCCUGAUAUUGUGAAGAAAAUCAAUGAGAAGCUGAACCGCAAUGUCUCAGAACUGGAGACCAUGCCUCAAAAUCUGGUCACCGUUGGCGACGCGAUGAGAGCGUUCAUGCAGAUCAUCAGCAAAACUAAGGAGAUGCUCAGGAAGUUGCUAAUAAGAGGAGAAUUUGACGAUUUUCCGGAUGAUAAAGAAAUGCAUGACACAGCGCGCAUGGCUGAAAUGCUGAAUGCUUAUGCUGCGGCGUUGCCGGAUAAUAUCCCGACUAAGGAGGCGGCUUUCUUGUUAGAGGAAAUUGAGGUGUUGGAAGAGAAUAGAGGCAUUUGGCUGCCCAACUUUCUUCCUCGAACAGCUUUUUUGAUUCUGCUUCAAAAGAGGGUAAAAGAGGUCUCGAGCAUCCCGCAGGAUUUUGUUGAGAAGGUAUGGAUUUACUUAGAAGAUUUAGUGGUGGCAGUUCUUGACGAGGCAUCGGAGAAUUAUCCACCUCUUCAGGCGUGCAGCAGAAGGGCGGCACUCAAUCUUAUUGAGAAAAUGAGGGGACGGUCGAUCCGGAAUGUAAAAGAAAUUAUAGAAAUGGAAAUGGUUACGGACUUUACUUAUAGUCCUGAUUAUAUGAAGAAGUGGGUGGAGCUAAUGGAGCAACAAGAACGCUUCAUGGAAGUGGUUCACAAUAACUUUACACCUACAAAAGUAAUCCUUAAAGCUGUUGGUGAAGUGGAUGUGUCUCAUCUGCGGGGGAGGCGUGAUGUUGUUGUAGAACAAGCUUUUGAUAUAAGGAUGAGGCAAAUUUCGUAUUGGAAGAGUGUGGUGCUGAGGUUGGUGGAUGUUUUGGCUUUAAAUAUAGCUUAUGAUGUGAAGAAACUUGUUGAAAAUGAGCUUGAAACUGAGAUUAUGAACGAUGUGGUCGGUGGCCGGUCUAUGAAUUGUAUUGAGAAGAUGUUGGAGGAGUCUCCUGCAAUUUCCGGGAAGAGGGAGCGUUUAAGGAAGAGUAUUCAGCUGCUGAGGGAAUCGAAGGAGGUGGUGGCGAAGAUUAUUGACAGGAUUGCCGUUAAGGCCGCUGAUUGAGUAGCACUCUCGUCUUCUUUGGCUUGCUUUAGCUAUAAGGUUAUUUUGUCCUGUUUUACCUAACAUCUCUAUGUGUUUGUGUGUUCUAGAUAUUAUGUGUUGAAGUUAUAUGCUUUAUUAUUAGGUUAUUUUCAUGUUCAGCGUUGCUUAGGGUUUAUGAAUCCAUGUUAGGUGAUAUCAUAUAAAUCUUUUUGUCAAAGUUUUACUUGAUUGUGCUGUUAUGCAUGUUA